AUGCCCUACCUCCCCACCUCCCAGGCCUACCUGGAACAGUCCGCGCAGUUACUACAAGCGUACCCAGACACAACUCGCAUCGUAACAAAAUACUCCUUCCCCACAACCCGCAAAGGCAACAUAACCCGCUCGCAAAAAUCACAAGUGCGGAAAGACGCCAAAGCCACCGCCGGUCAAUCCAGCACACCUGCCCAACCAUCCACCGCAAUCGCAACCCUGACUUUGAAAACAUUUAACCCAACAACCGGAAUCUGUCUUCACUACCGCACAAACAAGCUACAGGAAGUCGGACGUCUGAUUACCACUCUGGGCAAGCUGGCUGCCGGUGCUGAUGUAGCGGGAUUGGGGUUAUCGGCUGCUGCGCCAGCUGCGGAUGUGGAGAUGGUUGAUGCACCUGCUGAGGAGACGCCUGUUGCUGGUAAGACGUCUGGACAGGGACAGAGUGGGAAGAAGACGAAGAAGAAGGGAAAGCGGUAA